AUGUUUAGGAAAUAAGAUUUUAAAAAACUAGAUCUUUUAGGAUCUGGCAAAAAGCAUACAAAGAUAUUCAAAGUAUAGCAUUUGUAAACAGGUAAAAUAUAUGCUUUGAAGGAGAUAGAAGCGAAAACUUUAGACAAGUUGAAUGAAUAUAAAGAAGAAGCAGUCUAACUAUCAAAAGUGUAGAAUUGCAAUAAUGUUAUCAAAUUUCAUGGAUACUACUUUUCGGAAACUUAGUAUUAAACAUUUCGUUUGGGAAUUAUUACAGAAUUUAUGGAUCACAAUACUAAUUUAGAAAUGAUAUAUAGAAAGCGUAAGAAAUUAGGAAUAUAAUGGAAGGAAUCUGAACUUGUUACCAUUAUGUUCUCUCUUAUAUCUGUGUGCUCACUCCUUUAGCAAAAAGGAAUUUGCCACAGAGAUAUUAAGCCUGCUAAUAUAUUUAUAAUGGAAAAUGGAGAAGUCAAAUUAAUUGACUUUGGCGAGAGCAAAGAUUAUUUUUAUGAUCCAGAAGAUGAGUCAAAAAAUACUUACACCAUGGCUACAAUCAGAGGAACUCCUCAAUAUCUGUCUCCUAUUUUAUGGAAGGCUCAUGUAGUAGAUGGAAAUUCUCGCUACGUUGAACAUAAUAUCUAUAAGUCAGAUGUUUUUUCUAGCGGAUUGUUGAUUUACUAACUUGCCGCUAUCGAAGAAGUAACUGGAUUUAAUAAUAAGACACCUCAAACAGAUGGUGAAUAACUGAUUAAAUAAGCUCUCAUUGAAUUAGAAAAGAAGUACUCUAAUUAAUUUGUAAAUAUCAUUGCUCUUAUGUUAAUCUUUGAAGAGAGUGGUCGUCCAAGCUUUGUCGAAAUUGAGUAGUUAUUCAUUGAGCAUGAAAACUAAGCUCGCGAAACAGCUAAUUUAAAAGAACCAAAAAAGCGUAAACUAAAUGAAUAUAUUCGCAUGUAUAACUAAUAAUUUAAUACGCUUCUAAAAGCUUAGCCAAUUGGUAGUUAAUCAGUAUCUAAAUCUACUUAACUGAUAUCAUAGUAGCAAAGUAAUAAUUUAUCAAAACAAAGCAAUAAAGAAAAUUAAAAUAUCAAUGGAGAUUCCAAUACAAAUGGAAAUCCUACGAGCACAAAAUCUGCAAUUAACAAAGAAAAUUAUGGAUAAUUUUAUAAAGAAUCAACUUUAAUAUUAAACGAAAACUGCUACUGGUUUGAAUUCGGAGGAUCAUCAAUAGGAAAAUUCUCCAUUCACAAAUAAAAGUGGAAAAUUGCUUAAAAUCCAGACAAAACCAAUUUCCCCUAUCAUUUUUCUACAAUUUAUAUUCCUGAAUAAAAAGGCUACUUUUUGCUAGGAGGAUAAAGUAAUAUCAAUUUUAGAACUUUUGUCAACGGAAAAAUGGCUAUUUCCAAAAAUCCUAUGCCAGUCAUAAAGAACUUCUUUCCUGCAGUAUAUUACAGUCAUCGUGUAUACACUUUCGGAGGAUACGAUUCAAAUUUAAAAGUGUAGCUUUCAUCAUGUGAAUGCUAUAAUAUAUAAGCAGAAAAAUGGUAAUCGAUAGGAGAUUUAAUUAUUCCUAGAAGCUAAUCCGCAGGAUGCAGGAUUAAUGACAACGAAAUAUUAAUAUUUGGUGGUUACAAUAAAGAAAAGGGAACUCUAGAUUCUAUAGAAAGAUAUCUAAUUAAUGAAAAUAAAUUUGAGGUUACCAACAUCAAGCUUCCAAUACCCUUAAGAAGAUUUAUGGUAGUUCGUGUUUCAAAUAAUAAUGCCCUCAUAUUGGGAGGACUAACUAAAUUUUCAAAGGAAUCAUAAAAAGUCUUUAAACUUGAAUAUGAUAAGAAAGAAAUUAUAGAGCUAGAAUCCUUAGAAAAAGGAGGAGUUAUAGAAAAUGAAAUACUUGUAGAUAAUGAAGAUUAUAUGCACAUAUUUUUAGAACAUGCGAACGGAACUUCUCCUCAUUCUCAUAUAAAAUACUACUACGAUCCAAAAGCUACAAGAUAUGUUACAAAACAAGAAUGA